CUGCAGCUGAAGAGCUUUACAGAUGAAAUCAUGCAGCAAGACAGCGGUCCUUUAUAUGCUGCUGCAAUUGCUGAAGAACUGACUAAACAGUUUGCUUUUCGGUCAGGGGGUCGAGCAGAAAAUGGUGGUCCAAUUAUAACCUUUCCAGAUUAUCCAAGUUUUAGUGAUAUCCCUGAACAGGAAUUUCAGAGUGUUAUAUCCUAUCUGACCAGUGUUCCCAGCCUUCAAGAUGCUGGUAUUGGAUUUAUCCUCCUUAUAGACAGACGGCAAGACAAAUGGUCUUCUGUGAAAACAUCACUGCUGCGAAUAGUUGGAUCAUUCCCAGGAAACCUUCAGUUGGUGUUUGUCCUUCGACCUUCUGGGAUCUUUCAGAGAGCAAUCUUUGAUAUUGUCCUGAAACUUAAUCAAGAUGAUUUUAAAAUGAAGGUACCGGUCAUAAUGCUGAACUCAGUAACUGAAUUACACAGUUACAUUGACAAAACGCAGCUCACCGAGGAACUGGGAGGUACACUGGAAUAUUGCCACAGUCAGUGGUUAGGUCACCGAACUGCCAUAGAGAGCUUUGCCGUCAUGGUGAAGGACACUGCACAGAUGCUUCAGGCCUUUGGAACAGAAUUAGCUGAGACCGAACUCCCAAAUGAUGCCACAUCAACAAUGAGUCUCCUAACAGUGCACACGGAAAAGCGAGACAAAAUGAAGAGGGAUAUAGACCUGGCUUUAAAGAAAGGUCAUAGUCUCCUGUCCAGUAUCCGAGAACCAAUCACCAAGAAUUCAGAUUAUAUCUUGAAUGCAGACCAACUGGAUCAUCAGAGCAAUGUGCAAAGAUUGCUCGCUCAGUUGAAUGAGACUGAAACAGCUUUUGAUGAAUUCUGGAAUAAGCACCAGUUGAAGCUUGAACAAUGCCUGCAACUCCGACAUUUUGAGCAUGAUUUCCGAGAGAUCAAGAAUACUCUGGACAUUUUAGCAGAACGACAAAACACCUUUACAGAUAUCGGAAACAGCUCCUCCCACGUGGAACAUAUUAUGAGGGAUCUUUGCAACCUUGAAGACAAAUCUCAGGAAUAUCUAGAAAAGGCCUUGGCCUUAAUAUUACAGGGUGAUGAGCUGAUUCAAAAUAACCAUUACGCAGUGGAUUCAAUUCUGCCCAAGUGCAACGAAAUGCGACGAGUCUGCGAUGAGUUCACGAAUGGAAUAACAACAAAGAAAGAAUUUCUUAAUCUCUCGAUGGAUUUGCACAAGAGGCUGGAAAAGGCCUCUGAGUGGUGUGAAUCUGGGGUCUACCUACUAGCCUCACAGCCAAUUGACAAAUGUCAAUCCCAGGAUGGGGCAGAGGCUGCUUUACAGGAGAUUGAGAAAUUCUUGGAGUCGGCCACUGACCAGAGGUUGGAUGAUCUGGGCAGAAUUAAUAAGGAUUAUGGAUUGAUUCUCAACAAGGAACUUGUGGCACAAGUACAAAGAAUUUUCCAAAAACAAGAAGCCAUGGAGGAGAUGUUUGAAAAGCGGAAUGUGAGCCUUAAGAAGCUGGCGGCUAAACAAACCCGUCCAGUCCAAUCAGUGGCCCCUCGGCCCGAAGGACUCCCAAGAUCGCCGAGAUCCUCUCCUGAUCAUUACCAAGGGCCUGACUCCAGCUCCAGCCCAAUAGCUCAAAUAAGCAUGUUUAAGAAAAACAAAAGUCUAUCCAAGAUUGAGAUGAAUGAGUUUGACGGAAGACAGAGUAACUCUUCUGAAAGUGAGGAAAACCUUGCAAUACUGAGGAGACACGUAAUUAAUGAAUUGAUUGAAACAGAACGGGUCUAUGUUGAGGAAUUACUUUGUGUACUGGAGGGCUACGCUGCUGAGAUGGAGAAUCCUUCAAUGAUCCUCCUCAUGCCAAUUGCUCUGCAGAAUAAGAAGGACGUGCUGUUUGGCAAUAUGCCUGAAAUAUACGAUUUCCACAACAGGAUUUUCCUAAGAGAACUGGAAAAUUACGUAGAAUAUCCAGAGUUGGUGGGAAGAUGUUUUCUAGCGAGGAGGGGAGAGCUGCAGAUUUAUGAGCGGUACUGCCAAAAUAAGCCACGGUCAGAAAGCCUAUGGAGACAGUGCUCAGACUGCGUCUUUUUCCAGGAAUGCCAGAGAAAAUUGGAACAUAAGCUGGGCUUGGAUUCCUACUUACUGAAACCUGUUCAGCGAAUCACCAAGUACCAUCUACUCCUGAAGGAGUUACUAAAGUACAGCAAGAACUGUGAGGGAGCCGAGGAUCUGCAAGAGGCAUUGACGGCUAUCCUGGGAAUCCUGAAAGCGGUGAAUGACUCCAUGCACCAGAUUGCCAUCACAGGAUAUGAAGGAAAUUUGAAUGAGCUUGGAAAGCUUUUGAUGCAAGGCUCUUUUAACGUGUGGAUAGACCAUAAGAAGGGCCAUGCAAAAGUCAAGGAUUUAGCGCGAUUCAAACCAAUGCAGAGGCAUCUGUUUCUCCAUGAGAAAGUAUUGCUUUUCUGCAAGCGGAGGGAAGAAAAUGGCGAGGGAUAUGAGAAAGCACCAUCAUACAGUUAUAAACAUUCUUUAAAUAUGACAACUGUGGGCAUCACUGAGAAUGUUAAGGGAGAUCAUAAGAAGUUUGAAAUCUGGUACAAUGCGAGAGAAGAAGUUUACAUUGUGCAGGCAGCAACACAAGAAAUUAAAAACACAUGGAUAAAUGAAAUAAGAAAAAUCUUAACAGGUCAACUUCAGGCUUAUAGAGUCACUAACCAGAAUCAAAAGGUGGAGAACACAUCCAUGGCUCCUUUAGCUUCACCCAUUCACACAAGUCCCUUGCGGAGUCAAUCGAAAAUAAGAAGGUCUGAAGGUGUGAGCCUCGAAAAUCGCAACAUUGCAUUGGCCUUGCUGAAAAGUCAGGAGAAAGGGAAAGAUGAAGCUGCAACUAGUGCUACCUCAGACCGUUCUGCAGCAGCUAAAAAACGUCUUACCUUGCAGGGUUUCUCAAACCUCAAAAGUCAGAAAGAAUCUCCAUCUACAACGGCUAAAAGCCGAACAUUGCCACUGACUCUUCGUUCCAGACCAGCAUCGCCAACCAGCCCUGACAGUAAGUCUGAACGGCAUGAAGUAAAGAGUGACCCAACUCCAUUUGGUUUUAGAGGCUGGAACAGAACCUCUCACUCCCUCGAUGCGACAGAAGAAAAUAAUGAUGGAUGGUCCAGUGCUGAUGACCAACUGAACUCAUCAGAUGGAGAAGAAGAAACGGGUAAAAAGAUGUUUCCUGGAAAAUACACAGUAUUAUCGGAUUAUGAAAAAGGAGGCACAGACGAAUUUUCUGUACGGAGUGGUGACAUGUUGCAACUAAUUCGUGAGGGUGAAGAAGGCCAAUGGUUUGUGAAAAACCUUAACACAAAUAAAGAAGGCUGGGUACCAGCUGCUAACCUACAGACACUUAUUGGAGAUUCCAAGUCUUUUCAAUCUAUAAGCAGUUCAGAGUCAGCCAGUGGUUCAAGUACAAUGAGCUCAUCAUCCAGCUGUGCUGAAAGUUGCACUGUUUGUAGCAACGGUGUCUCGGAUAUUAAAGGCUAAGAACUAUCUAACUUGUGACAUUUGUGGCAUUUUGAGGGGAAAAUUUCCCAUUAUUGAUGGUAUUUCUUCCUAUCUGAUCUCAGUUCUUGCCUGUUUGGUGAUGGGAGUUUCAGUUCCACUGAGGCUCUUUGUGGCUCUAUUUCAAGUAAUGCCUAAAGACACAUUAUUGAGAGACCUUCUGAAACAGGAAAAUACAGGACUGAAAGAGUUUCAUCAAAACAUCUUCACUACUGCCGAUAGCUGUGUGCACUGGGUGAAGAUUUACAGUCGAUUAGGAUUCAUACCUGUGGUGCCAAGAUCUGUUUUUGAUGGACAAGCAAUGAAAUGACAAAGAAAAUGGGCACUUGCCAAAGCCUUAGAAUGGAAUCGGAUUAAAUAAUGCAAUAGUACAAUUUAUUAAUUUAAAAGCAACACUUAUAUCUGCUCACAGUUGAAAAAAUCAUUGAUAUCACACUAUGACUACACCACACAUCCAGGGAAUGAAACCACAAAUACUAAGGCUGUCUUAAGUAAUGGAACAGUACUUUGUAAAAUGCUUUAAAUGCAUACAUUUCAAAUUAAAUGGCUAAUGAUAUUGAACUGCACUUUAUAGAAAGAAUUCCAAACCUUCAUUUUUUUUUCCCCAAAAGCUUGAUUUGUGCACUUUUUCAUCAUGUGGACUCAAACUACUUAUUUGCAGGACCUAAUGAACGGUCCACAUAGCACACUGAUGGUUUUUAUUUUCAGUCACCACUGUGAGGGAAUCAAGAGAUGUAAUUCAAGGAGAAUCCUACACUUCUGAAAACUUUUUUUAAAAAAAUCAGAUUGAGUAUGUCAUUUCCGGUACUUUGGCCUUUCAGUGAAGUACUUUUGACUGUUUACAGUAUAUGACCAAUUAAUCUCUCUGUUCGUCAUUUGUUAUUAUUUCCAAUAUGUAAAUUGUUUAAAGAAAACUAAUACUGUAAAUUUGUGAAUUGGGUAGGUUUUGCACAUCCUAAGUAAGAUGAUGAUGUAUAUGAAAUUAAUUCCGUGUUUGCGUAGCUCCGAACCUGAUCCACUGCUCCAAGCUUCUGCUCAAAGGGCAAACUGAACCUUCAGUUUUUUUUGUCAGCUGAUAAAUCACCAUGUUUACAUAUGGAAAUUCCCUUGGAAAGGAAUGUACACUUUCUCCAUGGAGGGAUGUAUCCUGCUAACCUAAUUCCAGAGAAUAUUA